GGGAAGAAGCCUGCUCGUUUCCCGUCGGAGAAGAUCGCGAAGCUCCAAGGCGUCAAGAGAGAAGGUAGAGAAGAAGCAAAAAGAGAAAGCAAAAGGGUUUGCGGACCGCGUCGCACCGGUAACUAAGUCAUUUGGUUCGUGGGAUCGCUUGGAAGGUUACAAAAACAAUCAAACAUCCGCCUCAUCUAAUUAACGAUUCUAUCGAUCGAUCUCUCGUCCCUAACCCGUGAGAUAGGGAGAAAUCUCCGCAGGUUCUCACUGCCAUAGAACCUGCCCUAUUGGGUUAAAGUUUUAUCGUGAGCUCUCGGAAAAAUGUUUCCUGCUUGCAGAUACAUGGACCCGUACCCUCAGAAUUUUCCUCACCGCAUUCCCUAUCCUUAUCACUACUAUCCAAACUGGGAAGCUGUACCUCCUCAGAUGAGAGUAGAUUCAUCAAAACCUCCCUCACCUUUUGGACCAUGGCCUUACAAUGGCAGCACCAGCCACCCAAAUCCAACCGAAUGCCAUAGCUGUUGCAACCAUAUUUACUCUCCAGGACAUUGUAGUUUCAGACCUCUAUACCCUCAUAUUCAGCCACCUCCUCAUUGUUACUACAGUGGACCGUAUCUAGCUUAUCCUGAUGCCUGCCCGCCCUAUUUCAUGCCACCACCUCAUUAUUCAUUUGAUCAAGCUCGAUAUGAUUAUGAGGAGGCUAAAAAUCACUGCUGCGGGUGUCCAAAUCAUAAGUGCGGGGGCGAGAAUACUAGUGUGAAGAUUGAAGAACAAAAGCCAGAUCUAGAGCCAAAGCCGAAGGAGGGUGACUCCUCCAAUCUGGUUAAAUUGCCAAACUACCCUUUUUAUCCACCAGCAUGGGCUCCUCAUAAUUAUUUGAAGGAGAAAGACACCGACAAAAAUUCUGAGGCACAGCCUGGAAUUUGGAAUGGAUGGAUCCCUCUGGACAUUAACAGCCGCAUGGGUCUGAUGCAGAAUGGAGAUGACAAGAAGGGCUCGCAGAAUGAAGAGAGGAGGAGUCAGUUUCCAUGGCCAAUUAUGUGGAUGCCUGGUUAUAAUAAACCGGAGGAGGCUGUAAAAGAUUUGAAGGAGAUCAACAACGGUCCAAAAGUUUCAGAAGAAACACCAAAAUUUAAGAUUAUCCCACUGAAAUUUCUGGAGAAUGGGAACAGGCAGGAGAAAGCAGGAGUAGCAGAGGAUGAGCCUAAAACUCGAGCACAGCAAGAAGCAGUAAGUGAAAAGGAAGCCAAAACUAAAACCAUUCCAGUUAAGCAGAUGGAAGCAAGCAGUCAGAUGAGGGAUGAGAAGCAAAAUGAAAAGAGUGAUGAAAAGAAGUCCAUCAUCUCUGAAAAACAAAAUGAAGACUGUGGAGUGAAGAAGUCUUUGGAUGGCAAACAAUCAUCACCUGUCAAGUUGUCAAAGUUGACUCCUGUAUGUUUAAGAGUGGACCCAUUGCCAAGAAGGAAGAAUGGAAACAGCGCAUCCCGAUCUCCUAGCCCACCUGGCCUUAUUGAGAAAGAGAGAACUCAUCAGGACAAUAAAGAACAUGGCUCAACUUGGAAGGAGGCCAAAGAGGAAAUUCCUAAGAAAGAAAUCCGGAUUGUUGAUGUUAAGGAGAAGACAUCAAACAAAGUGGGGAAGGAGGUGUGGAGUAGCCAAGAUUCAGUGCCAAUCAUUUCAAUGAAAGGUGCUCCAGGGAAAGCUGUUACAGAGAAUGCUAAGGGAGUAGAAAUGAACGACUCUGAGGGUGGGUUAUCUGAUGACCAGGAGAAAAAGAUUGAGGAAAGCAGAGCUAUGGAGGAUGCAGAAAUUACAAAGACAGAGGUCAGGAAGGAAAGAAAGAACUUAGCAGAAUCAGAUGCAGCAGUUCUUAUUCAGUCUGCAUAUCGAGGGUUUGAGGUGAGAAGAUGGCAACCUUUGGAGAAACUUCGCAAGGUAGCUCAAAUUCGUCAACAAGUGGAAGAUAUUAAAAAACAAAUUCAAAGUUUUGAAACCUCUUCAGAGGGACAAGAUAUGAAGCAGAAGGUGGUUAUCGGUGAGACUAUAAUGAAUCUGCUUUUGCAGCUGGAUACAAUCCAGGGCUUGCACCAAAGUGUGAGGGAGGCCAGGAAAUCUGUUGCGAGGGAGCUCAUUUGCCUGCAAGAGAAGCUUGACUCUCUAAGCAGACAAACCACUGCAGAUCAUGAGUCAGCUAAGAUUGAAGAAAGUGCUAGCAGCAAAGCUUCUGAUGAUCACACUUGUCUUGGAAGAUCGGUUGCAGUGGCUGAACCAUCGGCCGAGCAUGUUUGUGAACAACUAUCUGAUAAGAAGUGUACCUCAGAUUUCACAUCUAGUGAAGAAAUGCAAGAGGCUGAGGAAGAGGACAAAAGAGAUGCACUAGAAAAUCAAGAGGUAGAGGCUGUACCAGGAGAGGCUGCACAUUUGUUGAACGAAGAAAUGGUUUCUGUUGCGAAUGGGGAGCAUGAAGAAGCACCUUUGCGGGGAGAGGAACAAACUGUUUCUGAAGGUGGGGCAUUGGUAGGGUCAAAACUGCUCAGUGAAGAGCCUUCCCUUGAGUUAGAGGAACCUUUGGUGCCCUUGGUAUCCACUAUCAAGAAAGUUCAGGAGGUACCUUCUGCCAAAGAUGAAGCUCCCAAGUUGGAUUUGGAGGAGCAUCUAGAGAUGCAAGGGCUUAGCUGUCGAGAGUUUGAGUCAGCGAACAAAGAGUUUUGUGAUUAUGGUGCUCGACCAAACACACAGGUGAAUCUAGAAGUGGAGAACAGUUUGGUGUUGAAGGGGUGCAACCUUGGCGAAGCCGAUGAAAUCAAAGUUGAAGAGCACGAUGCUGUUUCUAAUGCAGUAGAGUUCGUAGAACCUCUACCAGGAAUGGCUGAAUCUAAUUUUGAGGGUAAGGAUGCUAUCAGUGAAGCCGACAGAAAACAGGAAGAGCUCCAAAUGUUGCCAUUGGCAGAAGAAAGUGAUUCUAAGGAGAAGACAGCAGGAGAUGCGACUGCUGACAGCAAGAGUGUGGAAGUUCCGAGCACUUUGCAUGUCACCAAUGCAGUAGAUUUUCUGGAAACUAUACCAGGAGUCAGUGAAUCUAAUUUUGCCGAGGCACCUGGUGCUCGGUUCAGUCAAGCUGAAACCAAAGAGGAGGAGCCUCACAUGUUGCUAGCGGAAGAGGAAAAUUGUUUCGCAGAGAAGGCAAUAGGAGAUGCAGCUGCUGAUACUAUAAACAUGGAAGCUACGUGUGCAAGACCUGUUACGCUGGCUUCUGAAGAGGGUAACGAUGUUGGCAGCGUGGUAGAAAAGAACCUAGAGAUGCCAGAGGACCAAAUUGCAGUACAAGUUAGAUCUUCUGAGUCUGGCAUGGAGAAUGGAACUAAACUGGCUGCUGCUAAUAAGGUCCUUGAAGAUACAGACAUGCCUUCAGCACCUGAAACUCUACAGGAAGCGACUAUGGAUAAGGAUACAACUUCAUCCCUUGAGCAAAUUCUCCAUAGAGAGUCCUCUCAUAUGUCUCUUGUAGAAGCAGCUCCUGAUGAAGCAAGCACUCCAGCUCCAAAAGAAGAGGGAAUUGCUGUGGUUCAACCUAAAGAUUCCAUUCCAAUGGCUGGACCAAUUUCAAGUACCAAUAUGAGCAUGGAGGAGAAGCAGCUGAUGGAAGAAAAUGAGAAGCUAAGGGAGAUGUUAGAAAAGUUGCUUCUUGCAGGAAAAGUGCAGUUAGGGGUUAUUUCUGAUCUUAAUGGGAGAGUCAAGGACUUGGAGAAGAAGUUGACACAGAAGAAGAGGGUGAAGGUUAGACGACACAAACCAGGCAAGUCUUCUCCCCGUAAAGUUGCAUGCUAAAAAUCCAUGUGGAGAAUGACCGAGAAGGUUGUAACUAUGUACGAGUAUGCGUGUGCUAUGCGUAUCUAUAUGGCAAGAGAUGAAACUGUUUCAAUGUAGAGGUCUUUAUCUUUUUCUUUUUGGCAUUUUGGAUAUGUACAUUACGACUACUUGGAAUCAAACUGAUCACUUUAGCUAAUUUUGCAUGUAAUGUGAGAUCUGAACAAACGAACUUAGCUUGCUGGAGUUAUAAGUUGCAACUAUGCUUGUCCUGUGGAAUAUGCUUCGUGUAUCCCUUUAUUUUGAGAAACAAAAGAGUUACGAUGCAGGAGUCUCUUUGUACUA